AUGGCCUUCUUCCGGUCUAGAAUUAGUGGGCUUAACUACAAAUGCCGAAGUGAAGAGUUGGAACUAGCAAAGUCUAGAGUAGUUGCAGUGUGGAAUAACAUAACGGAACGUAAUAAAGGAAGACGACGCCGGUGGGUUGUUACAGCUUACACUGGUUAA